AUAUGAUGUUACAAUAUUUAUCAUGUAUUGAAAGUGAUGCAGCUAUUAGAAGAGUACCUGAUAAAGGAAUUGAUCUUAGUGGUGUAUUUAGACAUGUAAAAUAUAUAAUGCAAGUGAAAUAUCAUUAUAAACCUAAAGAUAAUAAAGUAGAUGUUAAAGUUGUUCGUGAAUUUUACAGUGCAUAUAAUAUAUAUCAUGAAAAGGAAAGUGAUUAUAUUGGUAUUAUUGUAACUAAUGGAUUUUUUACUGAAGAUGCUAAAAAACUAG